AUGAAAGUCCGCACUGGGUCGCUGGCCCAGGGGCGGAGCCUCCAGCCCCGUCAAUGGGGAUCUGACUUCGGGAGGCGGGGCGGCUACCCAGUCGUAACCCUCUCGGCCUCGAGCACAGCCGCUGCCCGGGCUCGUUCUGUCAGUGUCCCGAGUCCCAGCGGUCCCGGAAACUCGGUCCAUUCAGGGAAAGCAGGGCUGACGCUGUCAGCGGAGAGGACUGCGCAGCUGGGUUCGUGUGACGCCACGUGCGCGCAAUGGCAGCGGCGACUCCCUGCCCAGGUUGGCCAGCACAGGGCCAUGGUCCAGGCAGCUGUGCCUCCAGUAAGGGCGACCCUCAUGGAAGUGAGGCUUCUGAUGCCAGAAUUCCCUGCCAAGUCCUUCUGGCUGCUGCUGAGGGGAUCUGCAUUGACAGGCAUAUGUGGGUUGACCUCCAGGGAGAGGCCCAGAUCCGUUCUGCAGAGAUCUCCCUCCUGGCCACCAUGGCUGCUAUUCAGGCCAUGGAGAAGAAGAUGGAGUCCCAGGCUGCCCGGCUGCCGAGCCUGGAGGGACGCAUGGGGACAGCCGAGAAGAAGCUGCCCGACUGUGAGAAGAUGGCUGUGGAGUUCGGGAACUAGCUGGAGGGCAAAUGGGCCAUGCUGGGGACCCUGCUGCAGGAGUAGAGGCGACUGGAGAACGUUGAGAACCUGCUGCGCAACAGGAACUUCUGGGUCCUGCAGCAUCGUGGGGUAUUUUUCGGUGCAGCGAGGCAGUGGCCUGGAGGACUUGCAGAAGGAGCUCUGCAAACACUUUGUAAAGGGGAGCUGUGAGACCCUGGGCUCUGGGCUGGGCCACCACCAAGCCAGAACUCCUAGCCCCAGUGGAGAGAGGAGACCAGCAGGCAACUGCAGCCUGCCCAGUGUGGAGAGGGGCCAGACCCUGGGCACUGCUUUUCCAGAUUUCUCCAGGAGAGAACUUUGUUUAGCCCCAGGACUGGGCCUCACUCCUAGAAGCUGCUUCUAA